CGGGACCCGCGCAGGUGGCAUUAUUGACACCUGGAGGACUUUACGCUCCAGAAUUCAAUUGGUUGCGUCGUGCCUCCAACUUCUCCACACCGUCCGUCCCCCUUCACCACAUACCACCAUCGACCUAUGGACUUCCUGGCGUGCCACGAAGAGGUUGCGUGUGCCUCUUCACCUUGUGCCAGCUCGGGCGCGUCCUUCGAGUUCACCACGGUCGCGGCGGACGACACCGCCGACAUCCUCGAUACCCUCUACCGCCGCGAAAGCGGCAGCAGGUCUCGCCCCGCGGCCGACUACCUCGUGCGCACCCAGCUCCAUGGCAUGACAUCGUCGUGGCGCGCGCAAGUCGUGGACUGGAUGAUGUCUGUCGCGCACACGGUCGAGUUCGAAGUGACCACGGUGGCGCUGGCCAUUCAUUACCUCGACAUGUACCUGUCGGUGGUGUCCGUGCGCCAGACGGACCUCGAGCUCAUCGCGCUCGUGUGCCUCAUGACAGCGUCCAAGUUCAACGACACGGACGGCCUGACUGUGGCCGAGGUGUCCCAUAUGAUCGACGACAAGUACUCGGCGGCGUCGGUGCUAGCGGUGGAGCGGUCGCUUCUCCUAAAGCUGCAGUGGAGGCUGCAUGCCGCGCUGCCCCACCACUUCAUUGAGUGCUUUGUGGCCCAACUCCCGCAGCCCGAUGUGGCGGCGGACGUCAUGAGUCGCUGCGCUACGAUGUUGGCGGCGGUAGUCCGCGACAUCACGAGCUUGGACUUUGCACCGUCCGAGAUUGCGUACACCGUGCUUACCCUCGCCAUGCACGAACUGCAUGUGGGUGCGUCGUUGCCGACAUAUCAAGGCGACUCUCCCCGAUUGGUCGAGUGCGAAGAGGUUGUCGAAGCGAUCGUCGGGCCGUCACUAAAGGGAGGGAACGAUGGUACAGUCAGCAAGCGCAGCAAACGUGCGUCCAGUCCGUCUAACGUUGAAGACUUCAUCGACGACAACGUCGACGCACCCCCUCGACAACGCCAGCGGCUAGGGUCCGUAUAACUUAACAUACACACACUUAUUAUUACGACAAUCACACACGAAGAAACCAAGUUGGUUGCCCUUGCGCUGAACCGUGUUCAUGCUGCUAGUUUGCACUUCAAAGUCCACUUUCAAAUAUAACUUAUU